AUGGAGCUAAGACGAGUGCCAGUAGACGGGUUUUCGGCAGGCCUUCAGGACGAUGACAUCUAUAAAUGGGAGGUUCUUGUGAUCGGACCACCUGACACUCUUUACGAGGGUGGCUUUUUCAAGGCGGAAUUGGAUUUUCCGAAAGAAUAUCCUCAACAUCCACCCAAAAUGAGGUUCACCUCCGAGAUUUGGCAUCCGAACAUAGAUAAAGAUGGAAACGUGUGUAUAUCGAUUCUACACGAGCCGGGAGAUGACCGUUGGGGUUAUGAGAAGCCGGAGGAGAGGUGGUUACCAGUUCACACGGUUGAGACUAUCCUUUUAUCAGUCAUCUCGAUGCUUGCUGAUCCCAACCAUGACUCUCCUGCUAAUGUCGAUGCUGCGAAAAUGCAACGUGAAAAUUUUGCGGAAUUCAAGAAGAGAGUAGCGGCAUGUGUUCGAAAAAGUCAAGAGGAAUGUUAG